UCAGUACGGACGAGUACACGAUGGUUUCCAUGCACUCGUUCCCCUGAGAGAAGCGCCUUCCGCUUCCCUUUUCUCUCUGGCCGCUCACAACACACAUCUCCCCAACUGCUGUUCAUCAUCACCAUGUCUACAGCUGCUUCCUCUCCUAAAAUGACGGCGUCGCCCGACACAACCUCUGUCCCUGCCAAAACGGACGAGGUCGCUACAAAGAAAAAUCUGGUCGUUCUGGAGCCAAAUACAGAGCGCGUGUAUGUGACGGGUGUAAAACUCUACCUGAUUGUAGCGGCCCUCGCCUUUGUCAGCUUCCUCAUGCUCCUGGACAACAUGAUUGUUAGCACGGCCAUUCCCGCCAUCACUGAUGACUUCAAAUCGCUUGCCGACGUGGGCUGGUACGCGAGUGCAUACCAAUUCGGUAGCUCUGCGCCACAGCCGCUGACGGGCAGGAUUUACAAGUACUUCAAUACCAAGUGGACGUUUCUAUGGUUUUUCUUCGUCUUCGAAGUUGGCUCCGUCAUCUGCGGAGCAGCCACCUCGUCGGCCAUGUUUAUCGUAGGACGCUUUAUCGCUGGCUUUGGCGGAGCUGGCGUCGCUACUGGAUCUAUCACAAUCAUCUCUCUUGCCGCACCCCUGGAGAAACGACCCCCCCUGAUUGGAUUGAAAUUGGCUUUCAACCUGCUCGGACUUGUUCUAGGACCCCUCAUCGGAGGAGCUCUUACGUCUUACACUUCUUGGCGAUGGUGCUUCUACAUCAACCUACCUGUUGGUGGAGCGGCAGUACUUUCGAUGCUGCCUUUGCACAUUCCCGAGGACUUCAUCAAGCCCAGGGCUUUCUCCCUCUUCCCGAAAUUACACCUCUAUCUUGAUCUGGUGGGAUUUGCUCUGUUUGCACCAGCGGUUUUGAUGCUUCUCCUCGCCCUUCAAUUCGGAGGCUUGGCGUUUCCCUGGAAGUCGUCCCAAGUCAUCGGCCUCUUCUGUGGCGCUGCAGCCACGGGGGUUGUCUGGGGCUUUUGGAACUGGCAUCGCGGAGAGGAGGCUAUGAUGCCUCGCUCCAUGAUCCGUCAGUACAAUGUCAUGCUCUCGGGCGUCUACGUGGCUUUCCUCACCUCGGCCGUCUAUGCAGGCAUCUACUAUCUCCCCUUGUAUUUCCAAGCUGUCAAGGGCGCGAGCGCCAUGAACAGCGGAGUUUAUCUUCUCCCCUUGAUCAUAACCCAACUCAUCGUGGCUGGUGUUUCUGGCGUGGCAGUAAGCAAGAUCGGCUACGUGAUCCCCGUAGCCAUCUUCUCCACCAUUUUCCUCGCCAUCGCCACGGGGCUCUAUUCCCUCCUCCAGCCCGGCACCCCAAGCGGGCAAUGGAUUGGCUAUCAAAUCCUCGGAGGCGUCGGCUUCGGCUCCGGCCUCCAACUCGCCAUAAUAGCAGUACAAGCCGCCAUGGCCGGCGAAGAACUCGCCUCGAGCAUGGCCUUUGUCGUCUUCAGCCAAGCCCUCGGCCCGGCCAUCGCCAUGUGCAUAUACAACAUCGUCUUCCUCGAAAAUUUGCAGUCCCAACUGAAGCAGUCGGCGCCCAACGUCGACACUGCGGCCAUCAUCAAAGCCGGCGCCACAGGCUUCCGCGCCUUCGUGGCCGAAGCCGACAUGCCAAACGUGCUAACAGCGUACGCGACUAGUAUCGAUCGCGUGUUUUACCUCGCGGCUGCGGCUGCUUGCGCGUGCGGCAUAUUCCUGUGGGGCUUGGGCUGGAACGAUGUGAGGAAGAAGGGAAAGGAUGGUGCGGCGGCGGCGGCGGGGGCGGAAGAGGAAAAGAGUGUCGAUGUGAAGGGCGAGGGCGAGGCAGAGGUCAAAAGUUGA